GAAUUAUUACUUCAUCUUGUUUUCCAAUAUGGCGCCGUCUGUGCUAUGAGAUGACAACAUCGUAGUUUGUGUCGGAUUUGUCAUAAUCAAAAUUUGUUUUAGUCGAUAUUAAUUUAUCUACCUCAUAUGUUCAAAGAAAAUCGGUAAUUCUAACGAUAGUUACAUAAUCGUGCCACGCUUGUUAAAGAAUCAUCCAGUCGAUGCGUCCUUCUGUGAGAAAAGUACUUAGCUGCCGUAAAAAUGGCGGGUGUAUCUUUACUGAUUGUGUUUUCAUAUCAUUCGGAGAAAGUAAAAGAAUAGGCUAAAAGUGAUUGUAGUCGCGUAUUGAGUGUCAGUUAUAUUACGUAUAAUAGGACGGCAUGUUUUGUAUCUUGCUGUUUUGACAUUUGAAGAGGUGAUUGAUUCGGGAGAAACGGUGCAGGUGUCAUCGUUAUUAAUGAAAUUAUCAGUAUGUCGCGCUGGGGCAGAGGCCGAGGCGGCAGUGUGGCCGUGCCGCUUGAUAGUGCCCUGUUUAGAGAAAAUAGUAAUUGCCCGACGGCCGCUCGCUCAGCGGGCACGGUCGGGAAGUGGGGAAUCACAAGCUUUACGUCGAUUAGAAGCGCUCCUUACGCCUACACCAGUAAUGUUCUUAAAAAGCCAGUCCAAGAUCAGAACAGUCCGCUGACAGUGCCUGCGGUGGAAACAGAUCAACCCCCACCUAAACCUAAGAAAUUUUUCAAAUCGCGCAAUGCAGAGCCUUUCCCACCUGUUCCUCAAAUUACAUAUGCACCACCAGUACCUGCAGCUCCAUUAUCCCCGGAGCACCCUUCGAAUAGCAAAGAAAAGAAAGCUACCAAAAGAAGUAGAGCGUACAACAGGGACUCUUCAUCACCAGAAUUGCCUCGGCGGAACUCUGAAAAGGCUAAAGCUAGAAAAAGUUCUGUGGCCACAAAGGCUGCCAAGAAAGCAGAACCACAGCCUGAAAAUGCUCAACCUAGGAGUACACGGUAUUUGGUUCGCAAUCGUGAUAAAGUAAUUAAUUAUGCUGAAGAUGGCAGCAACAGUCCCAUUCCUGAGUUUUCACGAUAUGAAUCAUUAGCUCCGAGAGUAUCUUCACCAAAAACUAGCCCGUUGGUCUCAAGCCCUGUGCCCCCUAAAGUUGAAGUGGCCAGUCCCUCAACUAGUAAAGAGGUGGUGAGCCCCUCUACAAGCAAAGAUGGUAAUGAAGAAAGAAAACCACCUCCUAUUGUACUAAGAAUAUCAAAGGGUACAUCGAGGAUAGUCAGUACUGAUUCUAAUGAAGGUUUCACAUCACCUGGUUCUGACAGGCAUUCAUCUAUGGACAUGCAUUCAGAUCUUGGUAUAGAUCACAAAAAGAGCCCAUCCAUGGAAACAAUAUGUUCACCAAAACAUGAGGGUCUUAAAAUCACUAUCAAAUGUAGUGGUCUCAGCCAAGAAAGCAAAAAAGAAAAGAAAAAGGAUAAAAAAGAACACAAGUCACAUAAGAAACAUCACAAAGCCAGUACAGAUGACGAUGCCAAAAAAGCUACAUCGCCAUUGCCUGGUUCAGACACAUAUGAUCUUUACAAGACCCUUGCCUCCCCAGGUCAUGAUAGUGACAAGGACAGAAAUAAAGCUCCAAGUGGGGAAGAUGAUAUUGAGUCUCAACUAGCAAAGCUUGAUUCCACUGGGUCAUCACAUAAAUCUCCUAGGAUAGACGUGUUACCAACAGAGCCACCACCAGAACCUAAGCCCCCAGAGGGUGGCAGGGCCCGUCGAGCUAGACAAGUUAUUAACUACAAUGAAAAUGAUGAUUAUUUGGAUAAAUUGACUUCUGGCCAUUCAAGCAAGCAAACCGUUAAAACAGUCAGUGACCUUAAAAAAGAAAGUAGAAGAGGGAGAAAGAAACAUGAGGCUGCUGUGCUAGAGGCUGCUGCAGCGGAGAAUGAAAGCAAAGCAGAAUCUCAUAUAGAGAAGAAUGAUUUGAUUGAUAUAUUGUCGGGCUCAAAUGUAGAUGAGGGGAAAACAGAAGUCAAGCACAAAAAGCAAAAAGCUAAAGCACUACAAAACAAGCACUCUAGCCCUGAUUAUGGAGCUGAGCUGUCUCAGGAGCCCACGCAUGAACAAGAAGAAAACCAGCAUGAGCCUUUAGAAGAUGAACAAAUGGAAACUGCACCUGAAUCAAAUAUAAAUGAUGCAGGUAGUCAUUCACAACCUCCCACUCAAGCUACAGAUUCUGAUUAUAAUAGUUGUCCAACUGAAUUCUCUGAGGAUGAUUCUCAAAAGAAUCAACAGGAGGAUGUAUUUAAAUCACCGCAUGGCAUUGAUGAUGAGCAUGUCGAAGACAAACCUAGUGUGAAAUUAGUUAUAACCAAAAAGAAGGGUUCUAUAUUCAAGAGCAAAUCACUUGUUAAUGAUAAUCCAUCUCCACUACCAGCAAGGAAAAGACGCCAUUUAUAUAAACAUGAAUGGGCCAAUGAUAAAGGAAAUGAAACUCCACGGCCUGAGCAGCCCGAGAACACUGAAGUAAGGAACCCAGCCAGCCAGGUACCCGAAGAGCUCACGAAGGUCACUAGGUAUAGGGCACCCGAUCCCAUCAUGGAUGACCCAACAUCCAUUGAAGCUGUCAAGCCCUAUACCAGUGUUAGGUGUGCUAAAGAAGCUAAGGAGUAUUACACAGUAGUGAGAAAUGUGAAGAAAGCACAUCAAAUACAGGAGAUUGGAGAGUAUCAAGAAUUUAAUGAUGAUGUAGAUUACCUUCUAGACGCAUUACAGGACAACAACCCGAUAUCGACGCGCUGCCUGUCCGCCAUCACGCUGGCCAGCAAGUGCACGGCGCCCGCGUUCCGCAUGCACCUGCGCGCGCACGGCACCGUGCAGAAGUUCUUCAGCGCGCUGCACGACGCCACCAACGACCAGAGCUUGGGUCUGUGCACGGCGACGGUCAUGUUCGUGCUGUCCCAAGACCGACUCAACAUGGAUCUGGACCGGGAGUCUCUGGAGCUCAUGUUAAAUUUGCUCGAAUCUGAUGUAUCGCACAAAAAUGCGCUUGAUGACUGCGGGCUCACGUCUGCCCAGCUGGCAAAGACGCAAGAGCGGGUGCGGGAGCUGUGCGCGGAAAUCAAGAGCCAAGGGAAAGCCAAGCAUUUAGAUUUGGAUAACAUUACCGUGGGCCACUUAGCCAUGGAGACGCUACUAUCGCUAACCUCGAAGCGCGCCGGCGAGUGGUUCAAGGAGGAGCUGCGCGUGCUGGGCGGCGUGGACCACAUCGUGCGCACCAUCCAGGACUGCGCGGCGCGGCUGGAGGCGCCGGCGGCCAGCUGGGGCCCGGCCGACGUGGACGUGCUGAGGAAGGCCGACCGCUGUCUGCGCGUGCUGGAGAACGUGACGCAGCAGAACGAGGACAACCAGCUGUAUCUGGUGGGCGAGUCGCUGGGCGCGGCGCGUACGUUCUGCGCGCUGUUCCGGCGCUGCGCGGGCGAGGCGCGCGCCGCCGCCGGCCGCCUGCAGCUCGCGCUGCUCGACGCCGCGCUGCCCGCCGUCAAAGUGCUCGUCAACCUGUCGCACUCCUUCUCUCCCAGCAACGUGUCUCCGGGCGCGCGCGUUGUAGGCGAGCAGCCGGGCGUGAUGGAGAUGUGCCUCACCCUCCUUAACAACCAAAAGAACUUCAUACCUGAUAGCAAAAACUUCGAGUUCAGUGUUUGUGUGUUGCUGCUGCUCAUAAACCUGGUCCAGAACAACGAGGAGAACGCGAACCGGUUACUCAACGUGCGCAUCCGCGUCGAUAGCGACGAGGACAUCAUCUCGCGUACCGUCUCCGCGCUGGACCUGAUCGUGGACCUCUUCUACAAGCGGGUCGACCUGGCCAGGAGAGCCGAAGAAAACACGGAUGCUUUGCUCGAUGGCGAGAAGGAAUCUGAUGGUGAGACUGACAAGAAGAAACAACAAGAUGACAUCGACGAAACUGUUGCGAAACUGCUGGCGCGCGCGGGCACGCACAUGGAGCACACGAUGGUGGGCGCGUACACGGCGCUGCUGCUGGGCCACACGGCCGUGCUGGGCGCCGCGCACGCCGCCGCUGUGCGCCAGCGCGUGCCCAGCUACGCCGCCCUCCUCCCCACGCUCAAGAAGUACUACAACUUCCUGUCGCUGACCGCCAGUGGCGAGGCGAUGAUAGUGGCGCACGUGAAGGCGACGCAUCUGAUCAUCAAGUUCAUGGAGCACAGCGACGCGGAGGCGGCGGACGCGGCGGAGGCGGGAGGUGCGCCGCCCGCGCCCUACGCGGCGGCCGCGGCCGGCUACCCCGCGCACUGCUACGGCAGCUCGCCCUCCGACGUGCCGCAGGACAUGUCGCUCAGCGGCCUCAACUACUGCCGGCCCCAGCCCGAUCGCAUGUCCUCGUGAACGUGCCGGAACACCUGAUCUACUUCCGGUGACGUCGCGAGGGUCGAUCCUUCCGUUCUGUCGGUCCCGGUGAACGAUGUUAAAUCGUAAAUGUGCCCGCCCGAGAACGUUAGUGCGUGCGGCGUACGGUUAUAGUGUGAAGCGUUGUAAAAAAAGUUGAGUUUUAUUAGUUUACAUGACGGUUGUAGGGUGGAAAUAGAAUUAGUAUGUUCCUUUAAACGGUACCGCACCAAAUUUUACUCGUUACUUAAUCGACGUGUAAAUCGGUCCCGUUGAAUGGAUUUAAAGGCACUUUGACGAAUUUUAAGGAUCUCGGCUAGUUAAAUUUCCACCAUAUUAGAUUUUAUUAUAGUAGGAUAGCUAAAAUGUAAACCGCGUUGUUCCCCCGACGCCCGUGUCGCCUGCGAAAUAUGUUCCGGUCGUCGGUUCCGAUUUGAACGUUUCCUACUUAUUGACGAUGUUAGUUCGUGCUAUCAUUCUGUGUAAAUUGACACGUUAACGGCUGUAUAUUGUCAACCACUAUUACUAGAGUAUGCCAUUUGUAAUGUAACGAUAGGUGGAUUGCACACGGCUAUUAUACCUCAACUUUUUGUAUCGAUAUAUUUCCCUUCUCUGAAACGUCGUGUAAAUAUACGCAGACCAUUAAGGUAUAGUUAGUUUACGUCUAUCAGGUAUGGGUUAUGGAGUCUUAAUUAAAUUGAGAUAUUCCGAGUUUAAGCCACCGAACUGGCAAUAUAAAAGUGCAAAAAUAGUACAGUAAGUGUAUAUUGAUAUCGUAAUUCUCUCUGUGAAUAUCGUGUCCGCACUUUUUGUAUAAUACUCCGAGAGAGUUACAAAUUUAUUAAUUGUUCUACCGAGGCACAUCCUUAUUGUAAAUAGUUUCGACUGGUUCCAAUGAGCGUAGGCGCAAAUAUUAGAAAUGAAACUGAUGAGAGAAGUUACCCCGCGUGGGCCGUGUCGUUCGUCGUGCUGAAGCGUGCCGGAGGGGAGUGUCCGGUGCCGGGUCCACGACGUGCGGCUGCGUCCGGCGCGGCGAGGAUCAAACAAUGUACAAACACUUGUCGUUAUUGCCCCCGAAUGAGAGAACUAUUAUUUGUUUAGAGGUAUUUACGAGUAGGACGAUCUAUGAUGUUGGACUUUAUUGACUAGCGGAUAGGCUAAGAAGGUGAAAGCAUGAUAUUAAUCUUUCUCCAUUUUUGUGUUUUUAUACUUUUUAAAGACUUCUUUUUACGAUUGACUGAUUGUACAUUAGAGCGGAAAUUGAGUUUUCCAAAUUUGAUGUUUAGAUUAAUAUUUUUAUAAAAUAUCAAAUUGCUAAGGCGCACCGAUUACUUAAUACACAUCUUUAUUUGUACUACGGGAGCACAUUUUAUGCUGAUUUUAUGGGAUAAAUCGUAAAUCUUGAAUUUGAAGUAACGAAUAUCUAAUUAAAUUUGUAACAUAUUUUUACUUUUUAAAAGAUGUGAUCGGCCUUAUUUUUUGAGAUUCUCCAAAAUUCAUUAACAGACGGGGUAUGAAAUGAAUUUUGUUAUGUAUACAUUUAUGUAUUACACAUUUAGAGAUUGGGCUGGUGCCAAUGUACGUUUGUCGAGUUCUUGCCUGAUCUCGAGCAGUGGCCAGACCGGUUACGCCCCGUAUGCGACAGUCGGGCGACAAUGUACACCCAGCUGCAAAAUAGCAUGCCCACUCUAUGAGUGAAUUCAUUCAAGACGUGGCCAUGAAAUUUUUCAGCUCGCCCUUCCAUGUGGUCCUGCGUCGCUGCCGUACCUCCAUUGCUUUGUAAAUCUGAAACUGACGCGGGCCGCAACCGCUCUUGUCAUUGUCCGGCGGUGAUUGAUCGACAGUGGUUGUCUGCCUGAGACUGCAUUAUAUGGUUUUGAAUUCUCGUACAAAGUCCAGUCGUUUUACAAUAGUCUCAAUAGCCAACAACUUUCAGGCAGACAAUCACCAAAAGAACGCGACUCGCGUGCAUUACCGUCAGCGAUCUGACAGCUUUAUUUCAUGUGUAAGGUGUUCGAAUCAUUUACUAUGUGACGCGGAACCCGCAGCGGCGGGAUCACUCCUCUUGGUAACGUUUUAUUUAACAAUUGGAGACUUGUUUGUUGUACAGAUGCCUAAAUUAUAUUUACGUAAUUUAUUGACCACGUGUAUGUAUUGUCUAAGAGUAGCUUUUAACGUGCAUUUCGUUAUGAAAUAUCACCUUUAUCACACUUGGGUUUUGAAUAUAGUAUGUUGUUUUAGAGUACCACGAGAGUUUGAUAUCUUGAGAAAUUAUUAUUGUAUAUGUAAUGUGUAAUUAUGUUAUAAAGUAUUACGUGUAAUUAUUAAAACAAGGACAAUUUAAAUAA